AUGAACCCAGCCUCUACUUCUCUCCUGACGGAACACCUUCGCUGGACACCUCUCUCUCUCAUAGAUGACAUAAUAAAUACUGUGAAUGCCCUGCUCUACCAAUCCGUAUCCGCCGUCGAAACCUUUCUCCUUUCGUCCCCGCCCGGGUUGCUAGGGUUUGCCCCGCCACCUGGCACAAUUCCAGACACAGAUGGUGAUGGAAACGUAAUUUAUUCUGAGAAGGAAGAAGAGGAAAUAAAUAAAGGAAUACACCAAUUGGAAACCCUACUUGAGAAUGGCGUGGAUAAGAGGUUCGACGCAUUCGAGCUGUAUGUGCUCAGAAACAUCUUGGUUGUUCCGCAGGACCUCGUGGGAUGGGUGAGACUCGCACACCAUAAGGUUAGUUUGCAAUAUUGUUCUCCCUUCCGGACCUUAUUCUACAUCCCUCAAAAGUACUGA